AUGCCGACGAAACAAUCCAAACCGCAGCACCGAGUAACUAAGCCGGCUCGGGCCGCACGACCUAAGCGUUCUCCUCCUCUACCGCAGCCCUCGACCACCGAUGAUGACCCCUCGUCUCCUGUUUACUUUUGGCGUGAGACUGAGCCUCUGACGGGGUAUCUCUCACAAUGGUAUCCAUGUGCCUUUUCAGACGACACUGAUUCAUCGACCAUCUACAAAACAGCUGAACACUAUAUGAUGUACCAAAAAGCGGUACUCUUCUCCGACCCUGCCGUGGGCGCCGAAAUCCUCGCCGCCGAGCACCCCCGUCUAGUAAAGGCCCUCGGCCGCAAGGUAGCCAACUUUGAUGGUGCCGUCUGGAACAAACACCGCGAGGCCAUCGUACACCGCGGCAACGUGCUCAAAUUCACACGGCCCGUCGAUACCAAGGACGGGAAGUGGGCCGUGCGAGUUCCUGGCACGGAUGGUGGCGAGAGUGAAGGGGUGGACAGGAGUAUCAAGGAGCUCCUACUAGGUACCGGUGACAGGGAACUGGUAGAGGCGAGCCCGAGGGAUAGAAUUUGGGGGGUCGGGUUUGGGGCAGCUAGGGCUGGGAGUAUGAGGGCGAAGUGGGGAUUGAAUUUGCUGGGGAAGGCGUUGGUAUCUGUGAGAGAGGAGUUGAAAAAGGAAGCCGAGGAGGGUGGCGAGGAGGCGGAUUAA